AUGAACCAGCCUACAUCCUUAUUAGAUGGAUGGAUCCAGGAAAACAACAAGCUGGUAAACAGGAGCAAGGUAGGUAUUUUGGAGCUGGCAGGUCUGUCUUCGUAUCGGUAAAGUUAGUAUUACAGUUUCUCCCAGUCGCUUUGGUGCAUUACUCAGAUCAGAAUGAAAGUUCUCAUAACUAUUAGUUCAACCUCCACAACACUGAGUCAUUUGUGCACAUCAUUGUAGCAGUUUCUCAUUCCUCUGGACAAAUUGCAAAUGCUCUUGGACAUGUAUCAGUUACUUUCAUACAAUUCUCUGCUGUUUUAUAACUUUAUCAUUUGCUUAUGUCAUGUCAGUCAAAAUGAACUAUACUUUUGAAUGCUGAAUAGUCAUCCCCUAUAAAACUAAUAGUCCUCAUUUCAUUGCUUUAGUCAUUACAUACAAAAUUGUUGAACUAGUUGUCAAAAUCUGUCAAGCUGAUUUCAUACAUUCCUUUAUCUUUUUUUUUUCGUGUAAAUGUCUCCUAAAUUGAACAAUUGCUAUCAGGUGAACCUUAGCUUUAACUCAUGAGGAGUUGUGUGAAGCAUUAGUUGUAACCAAUGACAACCCACUUGUCCACAGUCAUUCAGAGCUGAAUCCCAUGAACCCUCAUUUGGCAAGCGUAAACCAGCAGGACAGAGUGUGUAUCAUUUCUACAAUUCUGUGACACAAAAAUGGAAGGUCAGCGUCAUGGAGGAGGGGUGAGAAUGUGGGGAGGAAGGGGAAAGGGAAGGGGACAAAACAGAGGCAGAGGAAGAAGAGGUGAAGUACAUAGGCAAAUCCCUGAUGAAGUUAGGGCUACACUUGUGGACCAUGUUGUCAAUCAUGGCCUCACUAUGGUUGAGGAUGGUCGACGGGUGAAACCAAAUGUAGGGAGAACCACUGUGAACGUCCAGGAAUAAUUUCUGUUCAGUUUACAGUAAUAUGUACUGUUAUAUUGUUUAUAUUUGUGCACAGUUCUACCAAAAUGGUAUUUCUUAUGUUUGUUCUAAAUAAGUCACUGUGAAUUUAUUUUUUUAUUUUUUGCACAAUGCCGUAGAAUUGCAUAGAGCAAAUGCAGUAAAUAUGUGAAACAUACAUGUGUCUUGUACUCAGUUACCUCACUAAAUACAGUAAUGUGUAGCUUUACUGUAGUUUUCAAAUGGCUAUACAGGUAGUGUAUAGUGCUGUCUUAAACACUUUUAAGGUGUGUCACCAGGAUUUGACUUUUUUGCAUUUGAAAACACGGAGAGAGUAAAGUGUCAUAAUGAAAACAUGACAAAGCCAUUUGACUGUCCUGUUCAUAAACAAUGAUGUUGGGACUAAUUAUUUUGAUGACACAGACACUUUCAUUGACAUGAAUACUUGCUUUUGAGGAAUCAACUACCCAUUUUGAGCAAGUGAUGCGCUUUUGCAGGUUAUCCACUAGGUAUUGCAGUUUGUACUAAUUGUUCUGAGAAAUGCACCAACUGUUGUGCAAAUGUUAAUAGUGAUGUGAGAAAUGCACCGAAGCGACUGAGAAAUAUGUAACAACUAAAAUACAUUCAAAAAGCUUCACUUAUUUAUGAUCCUGCCUGGAAAACGGGUGAAAGUAACCAAAUCAUAUAAAGUUUUAAAGCUGUUUACCUGUUCAGUAAUGACUUCAACAAUAAUAAUAACAAUUCAGAUCCAUCAUUGUUUGAUUACCAGGGCAGAGAAGACCAUGUCCCGACCAGAGACCAGCACACAGGGCCAUGCUCAGCUGAUUUCCACAAACUUUUGCUGAAAAUACAAGGUGUGUUUAUUCAUGUUUCAAAUGUAUUUUUUUUCUGUAGGCAGUUUUACUCUUAUAUCAAAUCUACCUCUGCCUGCUUCUCUUCAUGUCACUUCCUGCAGGUAUCCCUCCUCUUGCCGAUCACAUGCAGUUGGAGCUGACAGUAACAUACAACACCUGUGUGUGCUUCACUGCUCAGUCUCAUUUUUCAGAAGCUGAACUGCUUCUCAAACAAGCCACAGAAAGAGGUAAAUUUAAUCAAAACUGUUGAAGCAGAAAAUACCCGAGCAAAACAAUACAUUCAGGCUUAUUGAUACUGAAGCACUGACUGAAUUUUGACAGCAUGCUCUUGUUCUCCUCAGUUCUACACAUGACAGUGGAUGAUCAUGAUGCUUCAAACCCUCUUGUUUUGUGGAGAAAAGUUUUGGAGUCAGCAGGAAGUGUACCUUUGAAAGAAUAUGUGCUGUUUCUUCUGUGUCUGCAGUGGGCAAUAUGGCUGGCCACCUGCCAACUGAAAACUAUACAAGAAUUCAAGGUGAGAUGAUACUGGUAGACUUGAUUCCCGCCAGAGCAGUUAGUAGAUCGUGUGAGAAACAUCAAUCCAUACAGUUGAGUAUGCCAAGGCUACUAGUCUUGAUUCCCUCUGCCAGCCAUCCCUGAAUGCAUUAGAUGAUUGAUGGACAAGCUUUGUGGGCAAAACGAGACACUGAACCUUAAGAACAUGGCUGAACCGAGACUAUCCAAAACAGCAUGAUGAGGUUUCUGUUCAUGAUGUGGGACACAAGCCCUAAAAAGAGGUUUAAUUGUAGAAAGUGGAAAAAUGUCAAAUCAGUAACUGAAACUUUGGCUGCAGUUGCUGAAAUGUGGCACGGUUGUCAUUGCUAUACAAGUCUCUCAAAGAGAUAAUCCCUUUCCUCUUUCAAAUUGCAAAGACACAUGCCUACAUGCAUGCUGAGAGCAUACUAAAGUGUGGGAAAAAUCUUUAUUGUUUUUUAUUGUUUUUCAGAAAAUAAAUGAACAGUGUAAAAUUAUACUGUGUUAUUUUUUUCUCUAUGUGAUGCAGGAUGAGCUGUUCUCUCUGGUUGAGACAUUUUCUUCUGCAAUUGGGGGUGACAGGAGAAGUGAGGCGGGGUCUUCUGACUCUCCACUACUGCUAUUAGACCCAAGAUGGCUUUCUGAACAUCUGCGGAUCUGCACUGCCAUUGCACAAGGUCAGUGCAGAUGUGAAACAUGUAAAGUCUAUGGAAACCUAACAGAAAAAUAUCAGGAGCAGCGACAUUGUGGGGUUUGUGGUAUUGAUUGCUGUGCUUUCCACACAGGUGUUUUACCUUAGUGUCAAAAAAGAGCAGUUAAAACUACAUGUGAGUUCAGAAAUAUAUAUCAGUUCAAACUGAUGUGUUAGAUCAUGUCUUUUAGUGCUGAAAGUAAGGGUUGACUGUUUCAAUCAAACUAUGUGAGUUUCGCAUGGAUGGUAAUGUCAUGUUAUAUCCCAGAGGGCUGUUCUUUAAACCAGUUUAACAUACCCAGGACUUUUUUUUACUUUUUUUGUGGAAGCUGGCGUGACAAAGCCUGAAGCCUUGGUUUAAGAAAACAGGUAAAACAGUGAAGCUGUUUUCAACUCAGAUACCAGAGUCAGUCCACCCUUUCUUUGGUGAGUGGUAGGGGGCCAGGGCCUUGGAAGAGGUUGAUUGCCUCAGUUGUGCUAGGCUGCACCUGAGCAUGGGUGCUCAGAUAGCGUAGCACACUUCCUGUCGGUGCCCUGUUGUAGCUGCAGCAUGGCCAUCUGCUUGCAGGGGUUCUGGUCCAGGACCUCACUGGCAGGAAACUCACACCUAAGUGGUGAUGCUCCCAGAGCCCUUAGAUUAAGGCAUUUCUUUCUUUUCUCUUCUUUCCCUUCUAUAUUUCUCUCUUUUUCUCUGUAGAAAUCAAUUCAGCUAUGGCACAUCCCAAUUUCCCCAUAUUGCGAUAUGUGCCUGCGAGGCAUUUAUGAAGAGGCGGACAGAAGAGGAACUUAGAAAAAUAAUACUGAUUUUACUGCACAGUGCACUCUUAGCAUCUUUUUGUUUACUCCCAUAAUGCCAAAAACAAACAGUAGUACACUAAAAUUUAACAAUAAUACACAUGAGCUAAGUUGGACAGUCAGAAAAUUGCUAUUACUGUCAAUUCAUGGAAAAAAAAAUGUGGAAGUUACUUGAGUAUUUGCCUGAGUAAGAAUUUUCAGUUUUUGAUUUGAUUUAAUCUGUAGUAGAUGCCUACUGUAUAUUUAGACUUAGCUUUGCUUUUUGCUGCAAAACAAGCCAAGUAAAACUGACUUGGCAGGGUAUUACAACCAAGCUUGAAAAAUAUCUCUUUAAAUCAGUGCUGCUAUCCUUCUCUAUCCUUCUUCUCGAGGGUCUUAACUAACCAGAUGCACAGGCUCGUGUGCAGUGAGGUUUACAGUCUGACCAACUGUAACUGUGCUAUUUCAUUUUGUGACUUUACUGAAGUUACAUUAUAGUAUCAAAUGUUCCCAAAAUCACAAUACCUCAGCCGAGAAUCACUGGUACUCACGAGGAACUUUGCCAAUAGAAAGUUUCUAGGGGGUAGCACUUAAUGUCUGAUUCAAAGUAUAAAUGCUCCUCCUGUGUUUGUAUUAUCGAUUAAUCUGACUCUUGCUCUGUUUCAUUUAGGUGCAGAGAGGUUAAGUGAAGGGUGGAGUUCAGAGGCACUGUCUGAUCUGCAGACAGCUUCCAGCCUGUCUGCUCCCAGAACUUUACUUGCAUACACACACCUCCUGUCAGGCUCCUGCCUCGCCCAAAUGGUAAAAAACACAGACAGAGUCAACACAUUCAAAAGAGAAUUAGCAUGUAUUGUGCAUGCAUAAGAGAAGGUUUGAGUGUUUUCAAAUAGUGAGAGUGUGCCUGUGUUUGUAUUUGUCCUCAGAGCCGUCCACAGAUGGCUUUGCAGUGUUACAGGAAGGCAUUGGAGACAGACUCGCAGUGCGUGAGUGCCCUGUACCAGAGUACACUCAUCUACAGACAGAUGGGCAACACACAGGCUGAGAUACAGGCUCUCCGUUUGCUACACUCAGUGAGUGUCACAAAUACAAAGUAGGCUGUUUGAAUUAUCUCAUAUUGAUGUAGAUCUUCUUUUCCUUUUUUUCUGGUAAGCUUAUCCUUUAGCAGGUGAGUCAGACAGUUUACACUUCAUUAUGCCUGUGAACUGAAACAUGAAACCUCUUCUGUCCCACAGACUUUGAUGUUUCCCCACACCACUGAGCCUACUCUACCUGGUACUCAUCUCCUCUCGCCAGCCUUCCUCCUCUGUAGCCAAUCACUGAGCAGCUUGCUCUCGGUUCCCUCUGCCCUCUCUGUCCUUCACAGUCUGGCCCUGAAGUGUGUGCUGCACGGGAGGUGAGGAGACCAGUGUGUAGGCCAAAGUCUCUUUUCUUUUAUUUACUGGUACCUUGCCAAGCAGAAAGACAGAAGACUAGAAAAAUUGACUCAUUGUGUGGUUGUUUGAUGGGUGUGGUUGCUAUUUCUCUAGGCUAUCGGAGGGUGUGGAAUAUUAUUUGGACCUGUUGGCUGCUCUCCACUCAGAAAACCAACAUGCUGUAAGACUGAAAAAAACAGACAGACAUUCAGGCUAAUUUACACAACAAUUUGGAUUUUUAUUUUUUACCAUGCCACAUCUUUUUCUGUCAGAACCUUUCACACCAUAUGCUGAUGACAGCUUUUUUAUUGUUUGUUUUUCCCAGGUGCAUGUUGAGGUCCCUCCCCUCCCUAGGUUGCCCAAGCUUUACCUGGAGGCUGGUGCUGCCUUGCUCAUGGCCCGGCUACCUGCUGACUGCAUGGCACUGUGUGAUGAGGUCAGUAGCUCAACAGUGGAGCUGCUGCCAGAGAUGGUGGUGUUGGAAGAACAGGAGGAUAGGUGUGAGGCUGAGACUGGGGCGUGUGCAGAGGAUGAGGACAGGGUGCAAAUACUGCUGUGGGCCACUGCUGCCUAUCUGCUGCAGGGUCAUUGCUACACACACAUGAGGGACUGGAAACAAGCCAUCACUCACUACACAAGGUAUGUCAGAUGAUUCUUUUUAAAAGUCACUCUCUCACAAACAAAGUUAAAAUUAUUAUCUGCAUUACAGGUGUAUCAACCUGCUGGUGAUGGUCCGCUUUAAAAAGACUGGUAUGUAAUUUUUUUUUGUCUUUUGGUCGCUUUCUUAUUCCUCUUCAAGCUUUUAUUUUGUACAUUUCACUCUGUUUAUUCUUUGACAGGUUUCCCACCACAGAUCCCAAAUGCAGAUAUGGUUACCAAAAAGGGGACACAUUUGUGUACUCUCCAGAGGUUGAAGGGUCUUUCACUUGCUGGAAGAGGCAUAAGUUUCACCCAGACAAGUCAGCUGAGAGAGGCACUGAGAGACCUUCAGCUCAGCCUGCAAGCACUUCCAGGUAACUUGACAUCUCUUUGUUUUACCUUGCAGCUACUUCAUGUUUGGGCCAAAAAAACACAGCAUAGCAAAAUGUUAAAUUUGUAAUAAUAUGCUAUGAUCCUGUGUAUCCUGUCUCAGAGUGUGUAGGUGCAGGGCUGUGGUGUGGUGAGGUGCUAUGGAGGCUUGGCAGAAGACUGGAGGCGGCAGCUUGUUGGGAAAAAACCUGGAGCCGUACCACACAGUCCUCAGAGGAGUAAGCAGUUUCAUUCUUAAAAUGCAUUCACCAUCUCAGCUAAGCCUGUCAUUUAUACUUUGCAUUUUGUCAUUCAGUAUGUGCAAAGUUCACUCUUGUUUCCUGAAGGUAAUCAUGUUGGUAAAAACAAACCUUGGACAUUUUUUUCUUCAUGUAGCUAGAACUUUAAUCAAAUACAGAUAUUGUUUGAUUAGGAUAUUUGAGUCUUGUUAUUCAGGUCAGUACCUUUAAAAGUAUCCGCCCUUUCCUGUAAUCUUUUAUUCCACUUCUUUAAAGGGUGUAUUCCUCCUUCGUUUGCUCAUUAGCUCAAAUUUAUUCAAGGAACGUAAAAUUGAUUCAAAGCACCAAGUGAAAAUACAUUUGAGAUGCAUUCUGAUACCCAGUAUGAAUUGCAGUAUGUCGCAGUUGCAAAAGAUGUAUAGUUAUUAUCUAGUGGAUACCCUUUAAACACCCCAGGUUGUUUAAAAGCCAUUCUCUAGUUUUCCUAAUGUUGUGUUUUCAUGCAGCUCAACCAUUAGUCCGUAUGCCCUAUGUGUUGCAGGAGUCUUUCUAUUUACCUUCAUGAACCUCAGACCGGCCCUCUGUUGGACUCAUCAGAGCUGCGACGCCGAAUACAGGAACUUGGUCAUCCAUCGCCUGCCCAGGAAUAG